GCUUUCAGCUGAAAUCUGAAUUUCCUUACUUUGUUUACUUUCUCUCUUUAGUUUCUUCUCCUCAGACCUCACUCCUCAUCUCCUUCCUCGCUAUAAAUUUCCCACCAUUCAUCUCCCACAUCCUCUCAUAGGGUUUUCUUUUCUCCUGCGAGGUUUCCAUAACCUCGCAGAAACAAGAAAACCCACAUUUGCUUCUUAAAUCUUGCUUCCAUUAUACACAUAUAUAUAUAUAUAUAUAUAUACAUAUAUAUAUAUAUUACUUACGGCUUAAUUAAUCAGCUAAUGUUGUUUUGUUUGUAGAGUGCAGGAUAUCCAUCAGAAAAAAGAAGAAGAAGAAAUUCGUGGUCUGAGGCCGGGUGUUGUACGUAGUUUAUGUUCAAUUAUAUUUGGAUUUGAAUUUGAUUUGCAGAAGAGAAGACAUAAAUGGAGGUACAUUCUCAUGUGAGGAGUUCGGCCAUGGGCAAGAGGCUAUGGAACUUGUUGAGGAUCGCUUAUUUUAUGAUGAGAAAGGGCUUUGUAUCAAAGAGGAAGUUGAUCAUGGACAUGAACCUAAUGAUGAAGAGGGGGAAACUCCUUGGCAAAUCCUUAUUGGGGAAUCUCAAUCUCAUGUUCCAGUUCCACCAUCAUCACCACUCCAAAGAUCUCCUGCGGACGCGUGCUGGCUUCGGUUUUGGUCUACACGAAUACGAGUUCUCCUGCAGCAACAGCCCCAAUCCUGUUUUUUUCCACGUGUCCAAUAAGCGCAGGAACCAUCUCUUCCCUCACUUCCCCUGCAUUAAUCCUCCGCCUCCGACUCCUCCUCGAGUUCCCGACGAUGAUCAACAAGAAGCUAAUAAUGAGGUGGCCAAGGCGGUUGUUGUGUUAUCCAAGAAAGACUACUCCCCCGACUACUACAACUCAUCCCUUUACAGCUUUCGAUUUGAUACAUCCUCGGAUCUUGCCCCGGGAGAGCAGCUCAGCCCUUUCCUCUCCCCAUUCUCUAUUAGAAUAUCCAAUUACUCGUCGGAAAGCGAGGGUGACGGCGGCAACAUGAAAGUCGACGACGAAGCCGAGGAAUUCAUCAGAAGGUUCUAUGAACAACUGAGGAUGCAAAAUCGUACCCAAUUGUUACAGUAUCAGGAGAUGCUUACCGGAGCCCGGGAAACUACUACCCAAUAGUUCCAUACCCUGUUAUUUAAUGCCAUGUUCGUCGUCGACGUCUCGACAUUAAUUAUGACCAUUGAUCGACAAUUGUCAUCACCCGCAGCAGCAGCGUUAUCAAUCAAAAAACUAUUAUCAGAUGCAGUAUCUAAGAAAUUAAAUCUUCCAUUGUUUUACAUGGGAAGAUGUUUCAUUUAUAUAUUUGUAUCUAAGUAUUACAGUUCUUAAUUUCCUUCCAAAUCGUAUAUGUUUCUUUUUUCUUCUUCUUCUUUCUUAAUUUUCUUUCCUUCCAUUUGUGUUUUUUUUUUAUGGAUUCCCAUUUGUAUUGGAACUACAUUAUUAGUACCAUGAUCUAUGAUUAGGCUUCUGAGCUAA